GCCAACAAAAGGAGAAGAGGAACAGAUGUUGCUGUCGUAGCCAGACAGCGGCUCGGAGACGCAGCCAGCCGGGGGAUGGUUUCUUCAUUUUUACAUUAUUAUCGAUAAAUCUCAACAAAAUGAAGCUUCCUUACUCAUGACCCGGUGAGGAGUGGGGCGAUGAGAGGGACGUGUCCGAUGCUGCAGUAGAGGAGCAGUGACAUGCUGGCUUGUUUGCCAGCGCCAGGUGACCCCGCCAUCAGACUUCUUCCCCGCACGCAGAUGAACACUGGACCACAGAAAUGGGAAACCACACAGAAGAUGAGAUCUGCCUCCCAUCCGACGCCUGCAGAGUUGGACGCCUAUGCUAAGAAAGUCGCCAACAAACCUCUGACCAUCCAGAUCUUCCCAAACAGCAUCAAAGUUCCUCAGAAGAAGCACGUUCGCCGCACUGUCAACGGGCUAGAUACGUCCUCGUCCGGCCAGCGCCACAGUCCCUACCCUCCUCAGGCGGUCUCCAGCGGGGGCCUCCUGGCCGUCCUGCGCGCGCCCCUCAAAGGCCUCAUCAAGCACCCGGACGGCUGCCGGACCCGGCAGCAGCUGAAAGCAGUCAUGAACCCUCAGACCGGGCCGUAUGCCGCUCAAAGCACUUUAAAUCUUCCUCAUCCUCCUCCUCCUCACCUUGGAGGCCUCCCUCAGAAGCAGGGAGCGGUUCAUCCGCAGGCGCUACAGCAGAAUAUGACUCACCCGAUGGCGCUGCAGCACCAUCACCCGCAGGCUUUACAGCAAAGGAGCAUGGCUCAUUCUCAAGCUCUGCAGCAGCAGCAUAGCAUGUCCCGGCUUCAGGGAGCACAAACGCAAAGGUUGGCUCAUCCGCAGGGCGUGCAGCGGCAGCCUCAUCCCCAGGAGGGCCAGUCAUGCUCCUUAGUCAUACCACAGCAGCAUCUCCCUCAUGUGCAGACUCUAAAGCAUCAGGCGGCUCCUCCACAAGCUUUACUGGCACAGCAGGGAGUGACUCAGGACCUGCGCCACGCCUCCGAUGGAGGUCAGCUUCAGGGUCUGCAGGAGCUGGUCGGCCCCCAGGCGGUGCCUAACAGCCUCCAGCAGCCCCCGCCGGGACAGUACGCUCCACGGAAGCUCCCGGACGCAGACGCUCCACCAAAUGUAACUGUAUCUACCUCUACCAUCCCGCUGUCUAUGGCCGCCAGCCUGCACCAGAACCGGCCCGGAGACCUUAGCAGCAUCGUGAACCAGAUCAACCAGCUGUGCCAGGCCCGCGCCGGCACGGGCGCCACCUCCGUCUGCGAGGGUCAGAUAGCCAACCCCAGCCCCAUCAGCCGCAACCAGCUGAUCAGCGCCAGCUCCAGGGUGUCCUCCCAGCAUGCAGCUGUGGGCGGCGUCUCCAGCUGCCUCAUGAUGGGCCACCCUGACAAAGCCGCCGCUCAGACUCCCGGCACUGUGCUCCACGCGCAGCCCAGUGCAAACGCUAAUAAUAUGGCUUCUUUCCACUCGGAUGGAGAGAAGGCGCAGCAGCUUCAGCAGCACCUGCUGCAGCAACAGAAGCAGCAGCAGCAUUUGCAGCAGCUGCAGCAGCAGCAGCGCUCCUGGGCCCAGCAUCAGCUGGCUCACAUGCAGCAGCCUCCAGAAGGGGCGCACCCCUGCAAAAACCCCAGGAUGGAGCCGCCAGCUGAGUGCGCGUUCCCCUCCCAAAAUCUGAGCUACGCCCACAAGCUGCCCAGCUCCGCACAGGGCUUUCCUCUAAAACAUCCUACUGAUAAACCACUCCCCCCCUCCCCUGCCAGCUGCUCGGUGGGGCCCGUGUCGUACAUCAAUGGCCAUUACAUGCAGCCUUCAUGGAGCAGUGUCCCCACCACAGCAGGGAACAACGGGAAUAUUCCUCAGGACCUCCCGGUGGGUUUCCAGGGAGACCGCAUCCCGGGAGCCAAAUACCGGCCGGGGAAAGACGGCUUGGCCGGCCAGUCCAAGCUGAUGCAGCAGAGCAUGGAUUUCUUAGGCGAGGGCUUCCAGCUGCCCGCCUUGCAGGAGCAGAACCUCGAUAUGAUGCAUAAGAUGCACAGGUCCGCCUUGGGCCACGUUAAGGAGCCUGGCAACAGCGGGGGUGUCCACAGCCAUCACCCAGGCUACCAUUAAGCUCCGUUAUGAUUGCCCUCUGUUGUUGCUGUUGAGUUUUUUUUCUUAACGGCACUUUGAGCUUCUAAAAUUAAUCGCUGAAGAUCUCAAUCCUUUAGAGCUUCGUUUGAUGGCCCGCCGCUCUGCGACCACGUCCAGCUCCA